CGCGACAGGUUUCCCAGCUCCGCUCGGUACUGAGCAGCCGGAGAAAGUGAAGUAACCGCUCUGUUAGCCGUUAAACGAUCUCAGGUGGCCUGUAUGUUUUUAUUUGUAUGGCAUUAUAAAGGGAAGGGAGAGAGACAGAGGGUGUGAAUAAGUAUGUGCACCUUGCACUUGUGAGAUGACGCGAGUGGUUUUGUUUGAAUGAAACCCUUCCAGUCCAGGAUGGAUGACUUCUCUCAUCUUUUCCCCGACCCGAACCCGUCACUGCACAUGGAAUCGCCGUUACCGGGUCUCCUCGGUGCCGCUGCAGUGACCGGAAGCGGCUCCGGGAUGAGCAGCGCCUUACGGAACGAUUUAGGCUCCAAUAUCCACGUUUUAAAAACCCUGAAUCUGCGCUUCCGCUGUUUUCUGGCCAGAGUGCAUGAGCUGGAGCGCAGGAACAGAGUGCUGGAGGCUGAGCUGCAGCAGGCUCUGGAUCAGUCCCGCUACAGGAGGGAACAAGCCAUCCAAACGGACUACCAGCUCCCGUUUGCAGGCCCGCAAGUCGAGAGCAGGGUCCCGGGGAGAAUCUGGAGCUCCUCCCAGAGCAGGAGGUGGGGGAGCCGGCUGGAGCUGCAGCCCGGGCCCGGAGUUUCCUGGACGCUCCCGGAUGGAGUCGGAGUGCAGAUCGACACCAUCACCCCCGAGCUCAGGGCCAUCUAUAACGUCUUAGCCAAAGUGAAACGAGAAAGAGACGAAUACAGGAGGAGAUGGGAGGAGGAGUUGUCCAAGUGCCAGCAAAUGGAGGCCAUGGUGGAAACUUUACAACAAAGUACGCAGGAGUCCGAGGCCCUGCGGAAAGAAUUGAGUGAGAAAGUGGAACAGCUCAAAGCCGAAUUGGUCGUCUAUAAGAGUCUCAUGACGGAUGAAAUGUCAGAUUUGGACUCCAAAAUUCAAGAGAAAGCCAUGAAGGUGGACAUGGACAUUUGUAGACGCAUCGACAUCACGGCUAAGCUGUGCGACGUGGCCCAGCAGAGGAACUCUGAAGACAUGAGCAAGAUGUUUCAUGUCAGUCCUUCUAGAGCUCCUGCAGACCACAAAGGGGUGUCUGCAUCCUGUAAAAAGAAGGAACGCAAGACUGUGUCUGAUGAGGAGAACGCUCAGGUGGAGGCAGACAGUGAGCACUCUGAGAAGGAGGUCGCUGGAUCUCUGAACAUUACAGAUGAAAUGAAGCGCAUGCUCAGUCAGCUAAUUAGCUCAGAUAACUGCUCUGUCUCCAGGAGGGAGACCUUCGAUUUCGACGAUGACUGUGACAGUCUGGCCUGGGAGGAGACUGAAGAGACUCUGCUCCUGUGGGAGGAUUUUACCAACAGCCAUGUUAUUACCCCUUCCACCACUACUACUGCUGCCGCCAGUGCACACACUAGCGCUGCCUGUGCUGCCGAAUGCCACGGAGAAACUCAUGAGCAGGAUGGAAGUCUGCGCAGUCUGAUAAACGAGACCGAGUCACUCUUUAAAGUUAGAGAGCAGGACUACCAGGCUACUAUUGGACAGAUUGAGCUGGAGCUGGCCACAGCCAAGAGUGAUAUGACCAGACACCUGCACGAGUACAUGGAGAUGUGCAGUAUGAAGCGAGGGCUGGAUGUGCAGAUGGAGACCUGUCGCAGACUCCUCCAGAGCUCAGCAACCGCUGGCAGACACUCCCCAUUCUUUAACUCCGGAGCAAGCAGUGACUCAGGAAAUGCAGAAGACCUGCAAGAUGAACUGGACAGGGAUGGAGAGAAGGACAGAGACAUCGUUGAAAAGAGUGAUGGAGAGACAGAUGUAUGUGGGGAGGUCAGCUGAUCCUUCCCAUCACUUCCCUCUUCUUCCACAGUGGUACAAGGAGGAGAAUCUCUGAUCCGGUCUUCCAUGAUAUGUGUUUCUGUCGGUCUCAAAGUUGGUGCUAUGUAUGCUGUCCCAAAUUGGGAUUAAAUCAGUUUUAAAGAGUCUAUCUACUGAAACUGUCUCUUUCAUCAGCACUGCCAUGGCAUGGCUCCACCUUCUAUUGUUCUCUUUCUCACUGGCUUAUAAAUCUACAGUAUACACAUUUCCUGUGCCCGAAAUCACUCACUUGUUCACUACUCCCAACUCACUAUAUAGGGAAUAUAGAGAGGACUAUAUAGUGAGCUCAUUGAUAAAAUUUAAAAACGCUUUCGGACACUAGUCCAUCACGCUGGUAUUUACGUCAUUACUGUCACACAAUUAAAACGUGCCAGAUCAGUUGGCUGGUGGGUUUUCAAAACAAAUACAUGCAUGUAUUUUUGUGAUAAAUCCAUAAUAUACUGAGCAUAUUUCCCACAUUAAUCAAUACAAAGUACUUUGUGUCUGCUGCAUCUUUCAGUUCUUUUAAAUCAAGACUAAAUACUUUCUUCUUUGCCGCUGCCUUUUAUUAAAUCAAAUUUGAGACUUUUUAAUUUGAUUUCUUUCAGCGCGACCGCAAUGCAUGAUGGGAUAUGUUGCUUUGGUUAGUGACCACUGGUUGUACACUACUUUUCGUGAUGCAUUGUGGGAUACUUUGAGUGCACUAUAUAGGGUGUAAAUAAUCCUCACUAAGGUUUCGGACAGCACUAGAGAGCGAUUUCGGACACAGGGAAUGUCUUUCAACAUUUUUCCUUUUUUAUACUCUGCUUCAGAUGUAAUCAUGAAAUCCAUUUACCAGUUAUCAUAUUACAACAGAAUUGUUUUGUUGGUCAUUUUGUUAAUGUCAUAAAGGAGCCUAGAAUUAACAGUAACGUUUGCUCAGACUCUUGUCACUUGAUCAACAGAAAUACUGUGUUUGACUUAUAGACUUUAGACUGUAUGGACUUCAGAGGAAUCAUGACUCCUCUAUGAAAUCUGUCAUAUUGCAGAUAAUCACUUAGACACAACACGUAAGCCAUGUGGUAGGAGCUUCUACACUAGGGUUCGACACAAUUGUGCAUAGAGCACUAUGCAAUAAGCUGCUAUGGACAUGCUGUUAACUGUUGUUGGGUUUCCCCCCACUUCCUCUCCAGGGACAUUCUUGGUAUUUGGUAUACCUGACUCAAAAAAAACUUGGGAUGCUGUGUAAAACACAAAUAAAAACAGAAUGCAAUGAUUUGCAAAUCCUUUUCAACAUAUAUUCAAUUGAAUACAAUGCAAAGACCAGAUAUUUAAUGUUCAAACUGAAACUUUUUGUUUUUUACACUCAUUGUGAAUUUGAUGCCUGUAACAUGUUUCAAAAAAGUUGGAACAGGGUCGUGUUUACCACUGUGUUACAUCACCUUUUCUCUUAACAACACUCAGUAAGUGUUUGAGAACUGUGGACACUAAUUGUUGAAGUUUUGAAGUUGAAAUUUUUCUCAUUCUUGCUCGAUAUACAACUUUAGUUGCUCAACAGUCCGAGGUCUCUGUCGUAUUUUGCACUUCAUAAUGCGCCACAUGUUUUCAAUGGGAGGCAGGCAGGCCAGUUUAGCACCUACACUCUUUUUUUACUAUGAAGCCGCACUGUUGUAACACAUGCAGAAUGUUGCUUGGCAUUGUUUUGCUGGAAUAAGCAGGGAUGUCCCUGAAAAAAACAUCAUCUGGAUGGCAGUAUAUGUUGCUCCAAAACCCAUAUGUACCUUUCAGUAUGAAUAGUGACUUCACAGAUAUGCAAGUGACCUGGGUUACUAACAUGCCCCCAUACUGUCCUAGAUGCUGGCUUUUUUACUUUGUGCUGGUAACAAUCUGGAUGGUCCUUUUCUUCUGGAUAUAUGUCUGAAAGCCUAUAUUAUAAUGGCUUUUUUUUAAUACAUAUGAAAAAUAUGAGGGAGAAAGAAUGAAUCAAAGUGAAGGGUAACGAGGAAGGGAGGAGUGGAGAGAUUCAUGCAAUGUUUGUGCGAACAGAAAUAUACUGCCCGGCCCAAAAAAGUAGCGCACACUUUUUUUGGUCUGCCUUUAGCUUUGAUUACGGCACCCAAUUACCAUGGCAUUGUUGCAACAACUUUAUGCAGCAUUGCAACUUUAUUUCCACCCGGAGUUGCAUUAAUUUUUCACUGUGAUAUUGUACUGACAACAGGAGAGUCGAACCACUCUGUUAAAGUUUUCUCCAGCACAUCCCAAAUACUUUUUAAUGGGGUUAAUGUCAGGACUCCGUGAUGGCCAAUUCAUGAGUGAAAAUGAUUCCUCAUGCUUCCUGGAUCACUCUUUCAUAAUUUGAUCCCUAAUUUUAUGCCUGUGUCAUCAGGGAAGAAAAAAAAUACAUUGAUGUGAACCUGGUCAUUCAGUACAUUCAAGUCAUCAGCUGACCUUCAUUUCAUUGCCACGUAAUGUUGCUGAGCCUCAACCUGACUAAAUGAAACAACCCCAGACCAUAACAGUGUACAGAGAUUUGUACAGUGGCAAUUAUGCAUGCUUUCAUGCGCUUCCCUUCUUACCCUGACUCGCCCGUCACUCCAGAACAGGGUAAAUCUGAACUCGUCAGACCGCAUGACCUUUUUCCAUUGCUCCAGAGUCCAAUCUUUAUGCUCCUGAAGCUUUUUCUUCUGAUUAGUCUCACUAACAAGUGGUUUUCUUAUGGCCACACAGCUGUUUAGUCCCAAUCCUGUGAGUUCUCAUCACAAUGUGCGUGUGGAAAUGCUCUUAUUGUCACUAUUAAACAUAGCUAUGAGUUCUGCUGGGGUUUGGGGUGUGGGCUUUUUAAAAAAAAUAUAUAUAUAAAUGAUUUGACUUCAAGUGUUUAAGUGAUCUCUGAUCACGGUCAGUCAGGAUUUUUUUUCCUGGCCACGUUUCUUCUGUGAAGUUGACAGUUCACCACUAUCCUUUCAGGUUUAAUAAUGCAUUAUUGCAACAUAUUAAUUACUGCAGUAAUUAUCCAAUGAAAAGCUCUUUAGAAUUUGCUUAUUUCAGCCCAAACAGUGGCUUUUUAUUUUUUAUUUUUUGGCCAGGCUGUGUAUGUUGGAGAAUGUGAAGUAGAAGCUUUUUUGAGGCAGAAAGGCUUGCAGACCUUAGACGCCAUAGACCAAGACAUUUGAAUUUGUGUUGGUCUCGAAAAGAAUAUCAGUGUCAAUGUCCUGCCGUGCUGUGUCUCUCUUUUACACAGACAUCAAUUCCGGCUCUGUUACGACCAUUCGUUCCGGCUCAGAGGUGGAACAACGGACCCAUUCUGAAUUCGGAUAUUUUAUACAGAACGUGAGGUGGAAUCAUGGCGUAAGCCUCUCACCUUGAACAGGCUGUGUAAAAGAGACUUUUGUAUUGUAUUCAAUUAAAAGAACUGGUUGAAAAGGAUUUGCAAAUCAUUGCAUUCGGUGUUUAUUUACGUUUUAUACAGCAUCCCAACUUUUUUGGAAUCAGGGUUGUUGAAGUGCCCUGUUCUUAUGUUACUUGUAAUGCAGAAGGUUCAGUGUUCGGAGAAAGCUGAUGCCAAACAGCAGAAAACCAAAACCCUUGUGCCUGCACACUGUUUUAUACAGUAACUGUGUUGCCUUAUUUGAUUUUCCUUAGCUGUGCUUUUAAAAAUGUUUCAAAACUGAUCAAAGUUAGUAGCAGAUAGAAAACACUGUGUAAUGUACAAAAACAUCAAGAAAAAUAAUACACCUGUUGGUUAUCAGUGAAGCAAAAAUGUCUUAUUAUUCAUUAUUGUUGA